AUGUGGGUGUGGUUCCCUGCCGUGAACCCUCCACUAUCACGCCAGUCACUGUGGCGGAGGAAAGGUGCGUGGGCGGCUGUUGGGUGCCUCAAUACUUCCUCAGGCACUAGACACUUUCAAGGCACCGGAGGCAGGCAUGAGGGGAGUACUGGUCCUGCACCAGAUGGGUCUUGGGCGUGGGUGCCACCUAUCCCACCCUGUGCUGAGGUGCAUGUGAGCUUAGAAGUAUUGAGCACAGUGAGAGCAGCUGCACUGCUUUACUCCGGACCAGACCAGGACACUGAACCAGGCAGCCGUGACCUGCUGCUGCUGGAGCUGCGGCAGGGACAGCCAGUGCUGCUGCUGGACCUGGGUGACGGCCCCGUAACCCUCGCCCUCAAUUCCUCCUCCUCCCUGGCUGACAACACAUGGCACAGGAUAGACCUCAUCUGGAAGGACGAGAUGGUGGAAAUGAUUGUGGACUUGUGCGUGGGUGACAGCUGGGAUGAGCUGCCAAUGCCUUCUCUCACUCAGAACCACACACUAACCCCUCCCCUUCCUGAUGUCCACACGUGUCGGGGCACUGCCAGACUACCGCAUAAUGCCCGUGUCCUCAACACCAGGGGGGUGCUUCAGCUGGUGGACCUGGGUGACAGGGUCCUCAGCAGGGCAAGCAGUCCAGGAUGUUCUGCCACAGAAUGCCACACUGACCACCUCCAAUGUGGCAUCCAUGGCAGGUGCCAAGGGUCGCCUAGUUCACUGUGGUGUGAGUGCCAUCCAGGAUGGAGUGGCCCAGGCUGUGCCUUGCCGACCACACCAGCCACCUUCUUCCCCAAUAGCUAUGUCAAGGUGGCCCUCUCCUUCUCACCAUUGGCCUACACCACCUCUAUCUCCCUCAGGUUUCGCACUCUGAAGAGUAGAGGUGAGCUGGUGGUGCUAUCCUCACAGCACGGGCGGGACACCUGGUCUGUACAGCUGGUGGGAGGGCACCUGUGUGCAGUGCUGCACCUACAAUCCAGAACCACGACCACUCUGUGCCUCUCACGAGUCUCCGUCACUGAUGGUCACUGGCACUCCCUCACUGCCACCAGGUACGGCUCAUCAACCUUCCUGGAAGUGGAUGAUGGGGACGGCGACCUGUACAAUGCCUCGCUGGUGCUGGAGGGAGAGCAGCUGCUGGAUGUGGACAAGCAGGAAGGCAUCCGUGUGGGUGGGUCUCCAUACUAUCAAGAGAAAGGAGUCCUUAAGAUCCACAAUGACUACUUUGAUGGCUGCAUUGAUGACCUGCGCAUCUCGGGCCUUAGUGCACCACUACCGCCAGCUGUCAACAGCACAUCCUGGGGCCAGGCGAGCGUCUUCAAGGGUGUGGAGCAAGGCUGCAUUGCACCAUCAGCUUGCACCAAUGUUUCUUGUAGACCUCCACUCUCUUGCAUUGAUACUUGGAGGUCCUACCAGUGUGGGUGUGGUGAGGGCCGUGUGCUGAGCCGGAGUCGUGUAACAUGUGAAGAUGAGGAUGAGUGUGCAUGGCAACCAUGUCUCAGUGGAGGCUCCUGCUUCAACACUCAGCCAGGCUACGUGUGCUCCUGCCCGGCGGGGUUCAGUGGACAGCACUGCCAGCUGCCUGAGGUGGGCCAGACCUCCCUCAAGCUACCCAUGGGUGUCCUGGUCACCAUCGUUGUUUGGUGCAUCUUCCUCAUCUUACUUGUGUGUGCAUUCCUGCUCCACCAACACCACCGCCGUGCUGCUCUGCGCAGGGGCAUGGCUGAUGCCAAGGAUAAUGCCAUGGACUGUAAGGGCCACGUGGCACCACCAUGCAGCCACACACCCAACUUGCUGGAAAUGCAGCUGCUGAAGCCACCCAGAGCCAAUGGGCAGCCUGCCUGGACCAGGAACCCCAACAUUGCAGAUGUAGAUGUGCUGCAGGUGGAUGCUCUGACUCCAGAAAGUGCUGGGGAGGAGCUGGAUGAGGACAGCAGACGAGUCUCCCCACCACCAUCACGGGGCAGCAGCUAUCAGGGCAUGUCAAGCAGGAGGACGAGUAAGGGAGGGCCUGGCAGCACCCCUCCAGCAGGAGAUGAUCUAAGAAAUUAUGCUUAUGAAGAACACUGCAUCCACGGAGACCAGCACCAGCAUGUAAGGAAGGACCUUACUGGACACACCACCUCUGACCACAUCUUAUCAUUUAGGGUAGUGAACAUGGGCCAAAUUUCUCAUCAGCUCCAGAUGAUCACUAAGGACUGA